GAUACCGUCUGCAUUUCUUUCACACUCCUCUCAGGGGAAUGUCUCACUGCUGUAACUGUUUUAGGAAGUGACGCUGUGCCACUCAACAUCAGGAAACUGUUUCUAUUAAUAUGACAGCGCAGGGGGUUAGUUUGUGAAAGUUGUUCAUGCGAAGAGCCUAAAUUCAGCAGGGAAGAAAGAAGGGCUUGACUCCAAAAAGUAAGGACAGCCAUUGACAAGGACAGAUGUUUUGUGCUGCGGGGUGAGUUGAUGCAACUGUUCUCAAACUUCACAAUGGAUAGAGUUGUCUCGUCUUCAGAAACAGCAAUGUCUGGAUUCCACUCCACGUGCGAGCUGUUGAUUGCCCAUUCUAGCGAGGCUAAGGAAUGGGCAACGUACCUGCAAAAAAUCUUGAAGACUUCACGGAAGUUCCCUAAGAGGUCUAUCGUAUUGUAUGCAGUUGACUGUGCUGAUCAGCUACAUGGAUGUGACUUCAACAUUUUCCACGAUAGUAAAUGCAUUGUGCUGCUACUGACAGCCGCAUUCCUAGACAUUCUAGAUGACCCUGAAGUCCUGGGUACUUUUCAGAGACUCCUACACCCUCCACACAGAGUGGUGGCGCUGUUGUGUGGAAUGUCAGAGGAUGACAUAUCGACUGAAUGGUUUGAGGACUGGCAGAGCUGGAGAAAACUUUAUCCUGAAGAUGAGCCUGCUCUCUACAUCUCCACCAUUCUACAAUCCAUUGCUGACAGUAAUACAGAAGAGGCUGAACAUGAUGUGGAAGCUAUGGCAACAACAGAAGCAAAAAUCCCUGUGGUCAAGAACCGCAAAGCUGAGGGGACAGAGGACGAGUCAGUGACAGAACCAGAGUGUGUCCAGGAUGACAGUGCCAACGUGAGAACAGAGGUCCACCCAAACCAGGCAACGAGCCCCACACAUCCCGCCUGCCUCACUGUACAACCAAACAGAGUUCUAUGUGGGGACCAUGCAACUAUUUUCAUAAUCUUUUCAAAUAAACUGGACAACCAAUUGAAAAUGGAGGUGGAGUUUUCCUCUAAAGAUUUAGCUGCAAAACGGGUUGUAGGGAUUUUGGAGAAUGAAUACACCAUCAGUGUUAAUGCGCCUGAUAUGCCAGCAGGAGAGAUGUCACUCACUCUGCAUGGCAACGACUCACCAGUCUGUUUGAGGCCUGUAACAUACUACACAGCCAUGGGAGAAGUCAGUCGUUACCUUGAACUUGCAGCUGCUCCCAUGGAUUUUAUGUGUCAGGCAUUCAAUAUCACAUCCAAUGCCACAGAGUCACUUGACAAUAUGCUGACAGACUCGUUAAAAGGCAGGAUUCCUGCAAGUGAACUUCAUGUGUUUGGAAUCAGACAGAUCGAGAAAGACAAUAUGGCUGCAUAUCAGCGAAAGCAGGAGCUUCCCACUCUGCUUCAUUUUGCUGCAAAGUAUGGCCUGAAGAAGCUUACCACAGUCCUGCUACAGUGUCCAGGCGCCUUGCAGGCCUACAGCGUGAUGAAUAAGAAUGGAGACUACCCAAAUACACUGGCAGAGAGGAGCGGCUUCUCUGACCUGAGACAGUUCAUGGACGACUUUGUGGAGACGGCUGACAUGCUGAAGUCUCAUAUCAAAGAGUCCAUCGCGGCUGAAGAAGAUGAGGAUGUGUACGAGUCCACGUCCAACUCCUCUCGAGAUAUCAUCAUGAAGUAUUCCCUAAACCCCGGGUGCCAAGAAGACAUCUAUGAGUCCAUGAUGGGGUUAAGCCCAGACUACAUGGAAGACCUAUAUGAGGACAUGGAGAAGGCAUUAAGAGAGUCGCAUAACCCAGAAGAAAUCAUACUUAGAACAUUUUUUCAAGGGAAACCUGAUGCAGGUGUGGCCCAAGUUGGUGAGCAUACAGCGAAUGAAGAGGUGGGAGACCAGGUGGAAGAACCAGAGGGGUUUGAGGAGGAAGACCCUUACAACAUGUGUGUUCAAGAUGAAAUCUAUGACACGGUGGACGAGAAUGCGACCUAUAUCCCAGACAUUUUAAACCGUCCACCAGCUCCAAUUCCGAGACCUGUGACGUUUUCAGAGCCUGAGGAGUCCAAGACCUACAUCUCAAGAGUGUUUUCGGGAAAUGAAGAAUCAAAUCCACAGAGGAACCUCAGAGAAAUCCCGUCAAACACAGUGAGGCCUGUGAGUGACAGAGCCGCCACCUCCUCUUCCAACGACCCCUAUGCUGGAAUGAAGACCCCAGGCCAAAGGCAGCUCAUAGCCUUGCAGGAGAAAGUGAAGGCGGGGGUCCUGAGUGUGGAUGAUGCUGUGCAGGAAUUCAAGACCUGGCAGUUUGACCAGGAAAGGAGAUCUCAGUCUCUGCGCUAUCAACAGGAAAAUCUGAAAAGAUUACGAGACAGCAUUUCCAGACGCCAUAAAGAGAGGGAGAAGCUUGGGAAGGAGAUUGGUCUGGAGAUAAGCGCCCCUUUACAGAGGAACCUUCACUGGGGCUCCAACAUGGCUUUGGAGUGUUCUGUGUACGAACCUGCCCCACAGGUCAUGGCCGAAACCCCUCCUGUGGCCCGGCCAAUCCAGAGAAGCACUUGGAAGACUGGCAGUACCUCCAGCACAUCCAGUAGUGGCAGUAACAGACUCAGCACACAUAGUAACAUUAGCUACAGCAGUGGAACUGAGCCUGAGUUUGAGGACACAGUUGACCUCCUCCCUCUUCCUCCACGACCCCCAAGGAUUGCUGAGUCCACGCCUCUACUUCCUCCCCCCAGAAUCCCUCCACGACUCCCAGACCGGGCUUCAGAGAGUUUGUUGCAGGAGCGUUACACAUCAUGCCCCACUCGAGCACUUCCUAAAAGACCAACUCAGAGGACCACCUUUCCCCCUCCCAUACCCCGGAGAACACGGUGACGCACAUCUCUGCUGUAUCAUUUUGAAUGUCUGCCCUCCAAAAUGUAUAUCAAUGUCUAAUCAGGCAGUACUAUUUA